AUUGCGUCUCUUCUUCCGCUGUAAAAUCUUACGGUCACUCUGCUCCAACCACAACACACCUCGUAUUCUCUGCUUAAGUCUCACACCGGAGACUUUUAAAUCUUGCGUUACUAUUGGAUCAGAUCAAUUCAAUCCAACGAAAUCAAAUCGCCUUUUCCCAAAGCACAUCAUGAGCAGGGAGAGGCCUCUGCGCGGCAGCUGUUCCUGCGGAAGAAACCAAUACAUAGUCGAAGUACCCGAAGACUCGACUGAACGAGCUCAAGUUUUCUUCGAUCGAGGAAGUGGCAGCCGGCGGCAUCUAGCUACGCCUCUCAGCGCAUGGCUGCGUGUGCCUCUGGAUUGGUACCGCAGCAGCACGUAUGCCUUUUUCAAUGACGAAUCCCACGCGACGAUUCGUCGCGUCUUCACACCGGCCGCGUCGCCAUCGACGAAACGGCAGUUUUGCGGCUACUGCGGAACACCGUUGAGCUACUGGACCGAGUCGCCGCACUCAGAAGCCGAUUUUAUUUCGCUGACCUUGGGCUCCCUACUGGGCGAAGACCUACUUGAGCUCGAAGAACUGGGCUUGCUUCCGCCCGAGGCGGUUGACGACGCGCUCACAGAGAAGGAGCAGAUUGAGGCGCGCCGGGAGUCGGACGAGAGCAAAAACGACUCGCAGCUCACGCGGCAGCGACAGACACUGGAGGAUGAGGCGGAGGUGGAAACGGAAGAGGAAGACGCCGAGGAGGAGAAGGAAGGGGCUUUGGGACAGCAGCUGUCUCGCGUGUUUGGCACCGAUGAUGGCUUUUUCGAUCACCUCCCGUGGUUCGAAUCACUGAUUGAUGGAAGCAAGCUGGGCAGAUUGAGUAGAAGGUCGGCCGGGCAAUCGCAGUCUCAAGAUGGCAAUGUGCGCGUGGAGUGGGAAAUUGCAGAGUGGAAUGGCGGGGAGGACGAGGAGGACGAUGACGAUGGUGAUGAAGCAUCCGCGCAGAAGAGCAAUCCUGGCAAGAGAAAGCUAGUCGAGAUUGAAGAAGAGGAUGACGGGGAGACGGGUCACCAGCGGAGUGUGGCUAUGAGGGAGAGUCGAGAUGUCUAAUUACGAUCUUGCCCUUUUUUUGCGCUGACGGAAAGCCUCCAAAAGAGGGGGGAAAUAACAGUGCAUUGUAUGCAGCGGUAGCAUUUUGUCUUUGUACUUCAUCUAUUUACACCAGACAGCAAAGAGUGAUCUUUUUAAGCGGAUGCAGUACAUUUACAACCAAGAAAUACCAUAAGGCAAGAAGAUUCAUUGUAUAUCAUGCAAGUGGCCAGACUUUGAAGGGAAAGCGUCCCCUUUUGAUCUUUUUUUUUUUCAUGUAUGGAAAACAAUAGUCCAAGUGGAGAUCAAUCGUUUUUAAUUAUUGUCUGAGUGUAAUCAUCGCUGAAGAGCAUUUCCAGUACAAAUGGAAC